UGUUCCUCGUACUGUACCACAGACGUGCAACCAUCAUGGCUCGACCCCGAUGGAUCCGUAGCAGCAUCUGAACCCCUCAGUGCUCGCGCGAGGUUUUAGGGUCACACGACCCGGUCACACGCACCCACACAGGCCGCCCCCCCACACCACCUCGCGUCCAGAUGCGUCCCGGGCUGGCGGGUCUAGCGGCGGAGAUGCUGAGCGGGGCUUCGGGCAGGAUCAGGCCGAGGCUCGGCAGCCUCUUGCUGGCCCCGGGCACCAGGACAGCGCCGCAGCCGACGUCCAGCGCGGAGAGCCCCCGAUUCCGCUCCACGUCCUCCGUGCAGGGCUUCACGGAGCUGGCGAGGGAGAGGUCCAAGUCCGUCACGUCGUUCUACAACCAGUCCGGCAUCGACAUCUCCGCGGAGAAGGCCUCAGUGCGACUGACCUUAGCAACCCUGUUGUAUUCUGGGAAGUCUCCUGAUGGGCAUCACAUCUUGAGCAGUGCCAAGUACCUCCACAAAGAGCUGCCUGUACGAAUCGCUCACCGCAUCAAGGGCUUCCGCAGUUUGCCCUUCAUCAUUGGCUGCAACCCCACGAUUCUGCAAGUGCAUGAACUGUAUAUCAGAGCGUACCACAUGGUCAGUGACUUUCCACAGAUCAAAGAUCAGGAGUCUGAUGCUCGUUUCUGUAAACUGGUGCAGCAGCUCCUGGACGACCACAAAGACGUGGUCACCAUGUUGGCUCAGGGCUUCAGGGAGUGCCGCCGACACAUCCAGGAUGAGACUCUUAUCCGCAGCUUCCUGGACACGACGCUCUGCUCUCGUCUGGGAAUCCGAAUGUUGGCCACGCACCAUCUCGCCCUCCACGAAGAAAACCCUGAUUUCGUCGGGAUGAUAUGCAGACGCCUCUCUCCCAAAAAGAUCAUCGAGAAGUGGGUGGACUUUGCCAGACGUCUGUGUGAGCACCAGUAUGGGAACUCGCCCCGGGUGAGGAUCAACGGACACGUAGCCGCUCGUUUCCCCUUCAUCCCUCUGCCUCUGGACUACAUCCUGCCCGAGCUCCUGAAGAACGCCAUGAGGUCCACCAUGGAGAGUCAUUUGGACACCCCGUACAAUGUGCCUGAUGUGGUCAUCACUAUCGCCAACAAUGACUUUGAUUUUGUCAUCAGGAUCUCAGACCGCGGUGGGGGAAUCCCUCACAACAUACUUGACAAAGUGAUGGACUACCACUUCAGCACGGCCGAGGAGAGCGCGCAGGACCCUCGCAUGAGCAACAACCUCUUCAACAACAUUACCAACAGUGGAAACCAGUCCAGCCCGAUGCAUGGGUUCGGCUUCGGCUUGCCCACUUCUCAGGCCUAUGCAGAGUACCUGGGCGGCUCCUUGACCAUACAGUCUAUGCAGGGCAUCGGCACCGACGUCUACCUGCGUCUGCGCCACAUCGACGGCAAAGGAGAGAGCUUCAGGGUGUAAAGCUGCCCCCCCCACCUCCCCCGUCAUCCCUGUAGAUCCCGACCUGGGAUUCAGGCCGUGCAGGAGUGAAGAAGGGCUUCCUCCUCCAGGGAGGCUGGCAUGGACUACAGGACUUCGGUCCACAGAGUGAUAGCCUACACAGUAUGUUGUCAAAAAAGAAGCUCAUAAUUUCACCAACUCACUACUUGUUUGUAUUUUGUUGUUUAUUUCUGCCUUAGACUGAUUAUAAGCUAUGUUAGCUGUCAACUUGAUGAUUUCAAUAGUUUUUUCCUUUGUGUAUGAGCGUUUGAUUGUGUAGGUUCAUGGGACAAACUGUGCUUGACAGAUCCUCGCAGUGCGCUAUCCGCCGGUGGUUUUUAGUGUAUGAGGGACGAUGGCGUACGUUUGCAGUAACAGACAGUAGUUUCACUUCAGGGUCUUUAUAUUAAAGGAGACAUAUGAUGCCCCCCCCCCCCCCCCCCCAUUGGUCUGUCCUUUGAGUCUGGCGGGGACUAAUCCUUCUGUCCGUCCUCUGCGUUCUGCUUGUCAGUGUUUGUGCUCGUCUUCUCAAGGUUUACAGAUAAAGAAGAAACACAGGAAAUUGGGGGCAGUGUAGCCAAUAAGCGAGAGAACCAUGAGGAACUUAAAGAAACUACUACUCAUAUACAUAUAUGACGUUACUAUAUGACGGCAGCUUUUGCCUCCUUUCUAAAGAGGAACGUCAUCACAACCUCCUCCAGGUCACGGGUGUUGUUGUCGGAAACCUCUCGACUCUGCGCUGCCCUCUAGUGGAUGUUAUAGCUUAAAAACAAUGUAAAACAAAAUACUUGGAUGUCAGGGUUACAUUGUUCAGGCUUCAUUAGGACCGGGGCCAAUAAACCGGACUAAGAAGAAGACAGAGGCUGAUGAGAGGAGCUGCAGCAACGGACAUGCAAAUAUUUCAAGUAAUAAAGAUUAGGAACCUGAAUCAGAGCAGAAUAUGUCUCCUUGUUAAAGAUCAGACACUUGCCAGGAUGUGUGAUAAACCUCGGCCCUCGACCACCAGUAGCAUUAUUCUACAACCCCACCUCCAGCUCAGUUCGGUUCGGCCGUGGCUGAGAAAACGCAGAAGUUAAAAAAAAAAGCCAAACAAAUCACCAGAUGCUCAUUAAACAGAUUUGCGUCUUGUUCUGUUUUGAGAACACACGACAACGAGAUAUGUUGGUGGAGCUUUCAGGCGGGGGAGCCAACCCAGAUGUUCAGUUGCCUUACUGUGUGACGCUUCCACCGCUUGCUUUUACUCUUCUCUGCUUUCUUUAUUUCUCUUAUUUUCCGUUGCCUUUUAUUGGUUCACACAGAUGCAUGCCGUGUCAGUCAUUAGUUCAUUAGUUUGAUGUUUAGUUUAUUUUUUUUUGGUCAUAAAAUGCUCAUCACCUGCACCGAUCACAGCAGAUUUUGAGUUUAUUGUUCACCGCUUCAGAGUGACAAUAUACCAGAGAAGUAUUAUCCUGCAUUGUCUUCUAUUUCAGUUUUUGUUUUUAUGACUUAAAAAUUCUGUUUGGAAAAUCUAAUUUGUGUUUGUUUUUUUUUAAAGUAAGUUUUGUAUGAGAUCACAUCUGUGGGAGAUAAGAUCAGCGACGGUUGUUAAUAAUUAUCUCCAUAAUCCAGACUGAAUUUCCACAAGACAACAAAUGGCCACUUGUGUAUUUUGUAUAGUUUAUUUUAGGAGUUUUGGCCCCUUUUUACCUCCUAUUUAAAAAGAGGCAUCUCUACUUCCUCCCACUGUCCAGGAAUGAAGCUCAGACGUCCUCGAUAUGAACGUUCUCGAGUGGUGGAGUCCCAGAAGGGAGGUCCUGUCAUUUCACGUUUAAGUUAGUUUAUUAUCUUCAACACUAAACAUUUUAUUUGUCAUGUCAUUAUCUCAGGAUUACAGGCUUCUGACCUUUGUUGUCAGUCCGAGUCGGUUUUUAAUCAGUCGUUCCUUUUUGACCUGAGGACAAACGGAUGAUUAUUACAAAACAAAAACAUCCCUCUUACGGAAAAGAGGAAAAUCUAAUGUGAGAUCAAAUUUAAAUUAAUAUAUUCAAGUUGUGAUCUCUCCCCGAGAAGUGAUUAGUAACCCUGGCCUCUCUGAGUUUCCAAUUUGAAUCGACAUGAAUCCGGUUACACAUGUUCAGCCGAGUUCCUCUCCCAUUAUCUGCGUAACAUUCCCCACUUGCUCUCAAGCAGCAGAUCAACCUGACGUCUACUCGAGUUCUGGGAGCAGAUGCCAUGAUACUGAUGUUUGGGAAUCUUAACAGGACAAACGGGAACAUCUGUGAACUUUGUAAAAAAUCACGUGAACUUGUCAUUUUUUUGGGCUGUGAGAGAUUCACCCUGUGCGUUAUCAGUUGUAUCACUGGCCUGGAGCUGAAAUAUAUUAAAUCCAAAAAAUCUGCAUAUUGAAAGCUUAAGAAUCGCAUAAAUAUUAUAAAUGGAAUAAUGGAAUAAAGACUGUUUGUUUCACAAGUUGUGAAUAUUGGAGGAGUCUGGACGUUUUCUAAAUCUUACAAAUCAAGUAACCGGUUCCCUUGAGUGUGCUUCACUUCCCCUUCCAGUGCGUUUACAUAGAAAAUGUUCCCUUGAGUUUAAGAUGAGACAUUUUGUCUUGUGGGACGUUGUGAAAACACAAGUGAACCAGUUAUUUCAGUUGUAAUGUGACACAAUCUGAUUGAAUUAGUGAGAGGUUUGUCUUUAUGAAACAUAACUUGUUUAACUGUGUAACCUGUAUUCUUUGCUGAGGCCAUGUGUUUGACUUCAUGUGUUUUCUUUGUGGAUUUGAAGGUCUAGAAGAUGUCGUAGCUUGUGCAUGUGAAGCUGGGGGGGGGGGGGGGGGGGCUGAAAUAUGGAUUAAAAUCUGUGUCCUUUUUCAGGUACGUUAUAAAGAAUUUUUGUUUCUUCUAUUCAACCAGGAUGUAACUUCUUGAAUUUUAGAAAACCUGCAGUGUCAUGUAUGAAGUGUUGAAACAUGUGCACUGUCUGCCCUCUGUUGGCCGAAAAAAGAAGUGUUUCCAGACUGAGCAUCGUUUCAGUUAUUUAAAGAAAAGGAAAAGAGGUCAUAUGACAUAUAUAAAAGAAAAGUAAGAUUAUUUCCAUUUUCCAGGUUUGGGGUUUGUUAUUUUUGCAGAUAGAAAUGAAGAUGAUUCAUGUUACUGAGAGAAAGUGCUGCCAUGAUGGAAUGUGUUUGCUUCUCCCACAUGUUUUCUGUUGUGUUGAGGACAUUUUAGACAUUAAAUUUUAUUUGGUUGGAA